CACAGGCAUACAGGAGGAGUCGAGUGCAGCUAACUGGGCUUUUUGAUCAAACUCUACUUUCAUCAGCGUUUUGAUGUCGAAAGAGGACAACAACAAAACAAUGGAGCCACAGACGAAACGCUGGAAAGGGUCCGAGUGUGACACUGGCUCCUGGGCUGCGUAUCCUGUACUGUCAGAUGAGCAGUCACAAGACAUUGAGCUGAUAGAGGCGUUUGCUGCACCCAUUGUCAACAAGAAAGAGACAUCUCGACUUAUCCGGGAGCUGCACAACCUCUACCCGCUGAAGGGCCUUCAGCACAUAAAGAGGGUGCGGGCGGUCAAGGAGAAGGGCAGCCCUCACCCUCUGGAAGUCCUUGUGUGCCUCGUCAGUGAUGCACCAGACAUGAAGGCGGCCAGCGUGAACUCUCUGCUCCCCUCAGAUGGAGUAAGACGUGACGGAUUAGGUGAACUUUUUGUGGUUAAGGUCCCUGCACGUCCCCCCUUGACCCGACCCCAGUUUGAGCUGGCGAGCAAACACUGGCCCACCUCCUUUCAUGAGGACAAACAGGUGACCGUCGCCCUGAGAGGAGAACUCUUCAGUCCGCCUCAGAAAGCCAAGAUGCACAUGUACAUGAUGGCUGCUUUGACCGCUGCCAAGGAAGGGAAUGAGUUGGGAAUGGAGGCGGCGGGGGCCGUGGUGGUCGACCCAGCAAUGGAAAGAAUCAUUGCAGUGGGUCAUGACUGCAGAGGUGACCAUCCCCUUCAUCACGCAGUCAUGGUCUGCAUUGACCUUGUGGCUCGGAGCCAGGGCGGUGGAUGUUAUUCUUUUGAUAGAUAUCCUGCUUGCCGAUUUUCGUCGCCUAUUUCGGACACCUUUCAAAAGGUUUCUGAUGCAGAGGCGAGCUCUCAGCCAUACAUAUGCACUGGGUAUGACCUUUAUGUGACCCGGGAACCUUGUGUUAUGUGUGCCAUGGCGCUGGUACACUCCCGGAUAGGUCGUGUCUUCUAUGGGACUGCGUCUGCCGACGGGGCCUUAGGGACCAAAUAUAAAAUCCACUCGCAGAAAGAUUUGAACCAUCACUUUGAGGUUUACAAAGGAGUCUUGGGAAAGCAGUGUGAGGAUCUAAAUGGUUCUGACAGCCACAAUAAAAGGAAAGUUUACAAGAAAGUAGAUAAUGAAUGUAUUAAUUUCAUCAGCGCCUGGAGCUGGAAAUUUGAUUUCUAA